AUGGUGACUUCCAGCAGUAGCAGUGAUUAUGAUUAUUAUUACUCUUCCAGCUCUUCUGAAGAGGAUUCCAAAGCUUCCGCAGUCAAAUCAAAAACCGAGGAUGACAAGUUGGACGAUCAUAUACGAAGAAGGGACCGAGUCCGACACAAAGUGCUAGCAGCUGAGGAGGUCCUUCGAACUCCAGCCGAUGGUGUACCCUCUGAUUCUGAUGCUUCGGGAAAUGAACCCGUGUGGGUGCCGCAGGAUCACAAGAUUAAGCCAGACCGGCGUACCAAGGAGAUCGAGAGGCUGGUCAAAGCUGACCUUGAAGCUGAGCGUAAAGAAAAAGAAUACCAGGACUCAUUAUACAACGAUCCUGAUAUUCAUCCAGACUUCGUCAACGGCCGUGAUAGUGAUUCUGACGAAGAACUCGAAGAAGAUUACACGAAAGACGAUGAUGAUGAAUCUGAUAAUUCUGACAAAUCUGAUGACUCUGAUGAAUCUGAUGAUUAG